CUGAGGAUCCGUAGUUACGUAACGCCCUGACGUUUUUUGUAAACCAAAAUGGCGCUACGCUGUUUGAAUAAUAUGAGAAGUGUCAUUGGACUAAUUCAACAAUUGAAAGUGAUGAGAAGGUCAAUUAGCAUUGCAGCUCAAACACUGAAUAAGCUCCAUCCCAGCAGUGCGAGUGUUCUCAGGGAUCCAGCCCACGGGAGUACCUCAUCUGGGGAACUACCUGGGUGCCCUGGAGAGCUGGGUGGGCCUUCAAGAAAACUACAGCUCCAUCCUCUACAGCAUUGUGGAUCUGCACUCCAUCACUGUGCCCCAGGAUCCUGCCCAACUGCGCAAAAACAUCUUGGAUGUCACCGCCAGCCUACUGGCCUGUGGGAUCGACCCCUCUCGUGUCAUCCUGUUCCAGCAGUCUCAGAUAGAACAGGAGGGAAGAGACUUGGGCCGUUCAGGAUAUGGGCCAUCAUGAGCUGGUGUUUAGUUGCCAAGGUGUCUGAGCACGCGGAGCUCUGCUGGAUUCUGGGAUGCCUGACCAGCAUGCCGCGCCUUCGACAUCUGCCGCAGUGGAAGAUUAAAAGUAAACAGAAGAAUGAGGGGAGUGUGGGUCUGUACACAUACCCUGUCCUCCAGGCUGCUGACAUUUUGCUGUACAGGUCCACUCACGUCCCGGUUGGGGAGGACCAGGUCCAGCACCUAGAGUUGGCCCAGGACACAGCCCGCAUCUUCAACAACCAGUAUGGGGAGAUCUUCCCUGAGCCCCAGGCCCUACUUAGUUCCAUGAGGAAAGUGAAAUCUCUCAGAGACCCCACCUCCAAAAUGUCCAAGUCUGACUCCCAGAAGUUGGCCACGGUCCACCUCACUGACUCCCCAGAAGACAUCGUGCUCAAGUUCCGCAAGGCAGUGACAGACUUCACCUCAGAGGUGACCUAUGACCCUGAGCGACGGCCAGGCGUGUCCAACCUGGUAGCGAUUCAUGCAGCAGUGACUGGUCUCAGCGUGGAGGCAGUGGUGGAGCAGGCCCAUGGCUUAGACACAGCCCGGUACAAGCAGGUGGUGGCAGACACCGUGGUCCAAAAACUGACUCCCAUCCGGGACCAAAUCCAGAAGCUACGUGCAGAUGUGGGCUACCUGGAGACUGUUCUGGCUCAUGGAGCUAGCAGGGCCCGGGAACUGGCUGCUCCAGUUCUAAGACAGGUCCAAAAAUUAGUUGGAUUCUGCUGAAAAGAUUAGGAUGUACAUGAAAGACAUCAUUUAUAUCUGACUGUUUCCCAAACAAAGUAUUCGGCACCUUUGUGCUGCACUUAAGCUUUUGUUGGAUCAUUUUAUAUUUAUAAGAACUAAAAAUUAAAAUCUCAGGUGUGGAUCUUAUCUGAUGUGAUAUUAAAUAAACUAAAGAAAAUGAGCAAA